UCCUCUCCCGGUGACGUGUCAGUUUGUUUACAGCUCCCCGGGACAUCAUGGCUGUGGAUAUAACUAGUCUGUUUAAAGCCAGUGUGAAGACAGUGAAGACUAGGAACAAGGCGAUAGGAAUCGGCUUCGACUCCACGAAAGAUGAGAUUUUCCGGCGGAGCAGGACAAAGAGCGGCUUCUCCCCGAAGGCCAAGGAAGUGAUUGCGAACAUCACCAAGCUCAAAGACUUUCUGCUGCAACACAGGAAAGACUAUGUGAGCGCUGGAAGUCUCAUCUCAUCAGAUCUGACCCGCAUGACGGACAGUGAACGAGAUCAGAUCGACCAGGACGCUCAGAUCUUCAUGAGAACCUGCUCUGAAGCCAUCAGGCUGCUACGCAAUGAAGCGGAGAAGAAGGUGACAUCAGCUCAGAUCAAAGAGCACAGAGGAGCAGUACUGGACCUCAUUGUAAUGUAUCUGAGAGGAGUGUGUAAGCUGUACUCUGAGCAGAGAGCAAUCAGAGUCAAGAGGAUGGUGGACAAGAAGAGAUUGUCCAGACUGGUCCCAGAACACCACAGUCGGGUGGAGAAAACGCGAGAGGUGGAGCCCACGGAGGAGAAAACUGUCAAGGAAGAAAGUACUGAGAAGAGUGUGUCGGAGGUCCUGGACAACACAGUGGAACACCUGUGGGAGGAGGGCCGAGUGGAGGACGAGCUCUCUCCCGAGGAGAUCCAGAUGUUUGAACAGGAAAACCAGAGGCUGGUGAGUGAGAUGAGCAACCUGGUGGAUGAAGUGAGGCAAAUCGAGGGGAAGGUGGUGGAGAUCUCUCGACUUCAGGAGAUCUUCGCUGAGAAAGUGCUGCACCAAGAAUCAGAGAUUGACAACAUUCAUCAGCUGGUUGUGGGAGCCACGGAGAACGUGAAAGAAGGCAAUGAAGACAUACGAGAGGCAAUCAAAAACAACGCUGGCUUCCGGGUGUGGAUCCUCUUCUUCCUCGUCAUGUGCUCUUUCUCGCUCCUCUUUCUGGACUGGUAUGACAGCUAACACAGAUGCCAGCAUGGUCUCUGUGGAUAUGCUGGGAAACUGCCUGGCUCUGGCACAUACUGGUGACCUCAUUAACAAGUGAUGACAACACUCAGACUGAACGUUCGGUUUCCCCAGAUUGUGCAGUCAAGUGGAAACGACGGUUUGCUCUUCCCCGAUCUGAAGUAUCAGUUUAUCUUUGUCCAGUGCUAAAAGGAGGCGGUGUCAAUGUGUUUGAAAGCACUUCUGUGAAGGCAAGCUUUGUAGGGAGCACUGUAUCCACUAUCAUUAUUUGUGUGAUUGAAUGUUCUGUCUUUGUCUGCCUCUUAAGAAUGAAAAUGGUUUGAUUGGCUGCUCCUGUUUUAAUCUAACUGACUGAAAAACAAGCGCACUAAAGGAUACUGUUAAGA